AUGGACCAUCAAGCUCAGAGGAUAAUACUUUUAGAUACACCAAAAAACAGAAAGAGGGUCAAGAAAAUUGUUGGUGUUGAUAAUUUUGAUGCCGCUGCGAUUCGCAACCAUAUUUAUGGGUACUACUCGAGAAGAGAAUAUCCUACACGGGCCAGUAAAAAACAAGAAAUUGUCUCGUGGCUGGCGAGAAAUGGUGUGGAAGCAGGUCCAAAUUUGCUAAAAGUUGAGUUAUUAGAACUCGUUAAAUUAACCAAGUCAUCCAAGAUUCGCUACGUGAUCGAUGAACUAGCCCUGGAACAUGGACACGAAGUAAUUCGAUUGCCCCCCUACCAUUGUCAGUACAACGCCAUCGAGCUUAUUUGGGCACAAAUAAAGGGUCAUGCAGCGCGGAACAAUACUGAAUCGCCCUUUAGCACUGCUAAAAUGAUGACACUGCUAGAAACUGCGUGUGCAGAAAUCACUAAAGAAGACUGGAAAAAAGUCGUAGAGAAAACAAAGAAAAUAAUUUUACACGACUUUGAAAGAGAUGUGAGAAUAGACAAUGUUAUCGAAAACGAAUUAAUAAUAUCACUUCGUGCUAACAGCAGUGAUGAAGAUGACGAUACCAAUAACAGUUCUGGUAGUUCAACUGAAUAA